UGAACUUAGAGCAGCAUCAGGCAGCGGGCUCGGCGAUAAUUGUUUCACCCCCAACAGAUCAAUUUGUCACCUUGACGUCGCCGAUACCCCCGAUAAAUGCGAUGCCCAGGCGGGCGCAUCUGCAGAUAAAGCGGGGAUUCCGAGGCAGCACUUCUUCCAUCAGAACCUGUUCUGGAAUGUUGGAUCGUUCAAUUCCACUGGAAGGCAUCAGGCGGCUAUUAUCAUGUUUACCCAGUGAUGACAGAUGAGUGGGCAGGAGGGUAUAUGUAGUGUGUCGUUUCUCUGAGCAGUCAUUCAGGCAGCUGGCACGGCGAGCGUAUGUACUGCAGCAGAGGAGCACGGUGGAGACAGGCACAACGUCUUACAGUCCUGAGGUGACUGGAUUGAAGCAUUAGCAACUGCUGAUUUGCCAGAGGAAGAUUCAUCCAUCCGUAGGAAUGAUUCACUGGCGUGUCACUCGUGUUCGCUUGCGAUUGUUCCAAUUCUGCAUUGUUCUGACUCUCUUCAUAUCCAUGAUGGGGAUUUUCCGUGCCCUAAACACUCAAAUCACACUAAUUGACGACAGCAUUGAGGACCAAGGACAGCUCCAUGUCCAUGUCAUCCGAAACGGUGCUGCUGUAAGGGACUGUGAAGAGCCACAAACUCAAGAGGAGGCUAGGAUUGAAGUAGGGCGUGCUGCUGCUGAACAGUUACACAGCGUUACACAAGAGCUCAUAGAAAUCAAGAGGUUACUACGAGGGGCAGCUCCCAUACACAGGCUAGAGACGGCAUUAUACAGAGUUCACAGGAUAGCAGAGGAGCUGAGGAUUGCUGACCUCAGCAGUUUGAUUCAGACUGAACUAGAACAUCCCACUCCUUCAGCAAAAACUCUAGAAAAAGUGAACGUCUGUCCAGAUACCUUCAAAGGCACAACACAUGGGUACCCCUUUUUCUAUACAGGGUGGGUAAGAACAAACUGUACCAACUCAAAGCCACUUGAGUCAGUGGUGACUAUCAUUAUGAACUUCAUGUAUGAAGACAACAAAGUAAAUGUUGUAUCUAUUCUAAGAAACAUUUCAACGUUGUACCCUAUGGUGGAAGUCCACGUGGCGGCCGACCUCAAACUUCCCAAGGACCUUGCAAGGAAUGGCAAUUUCACAGUUCAUAGAGACCUAGCAGGUGAAACCAAUGCUGUAAUCUGGUACAAACUCCUUCACAAAGUGAAGACGCCAUACGUUCUUGUAGCACGCGGUAUUACCCGGUUCACCUGGGAUGCACAGUUAGAGCAGAUGAUCCACAGUGCCAGUAGCUUCCCUGUGGACUUUGUAGGAAGCGCAUUUAGGACAAAAGACGGACAUUGGAACAUGGGAUGUCAGCAGUCCCUUCUCAGGAACUUUACUCUUUCUUACAGGGAUGGGUACGAUGCCUCCAUCCACGAGUGUAUAUACUGCGACAACUUGAGGGGGCCUUUCCUUGCUAGGACUAAAGUGCUGAAACAGUACAACUUCCCAUCAAACUACAGGCACUUUGUAUUUGAAGAUGUCUUCUUGCAAGUAAAAGCGCAGGGCGCGCAUCAUGUCGUGAGCUGUCCAGAUUCUAUGUUUUUUGUGAGAGACUACGAUGCCUUGCUAAGACAUAAGAUUAAUUUUGUACCCAUUGCUAGUAGCUGGGGGAUCAAUAAGUUACACCUGGCUGAGGGGAUUGAGCACAUUUUCUCCUGUUCAGAAGCAAACACGCCAUGCAGAAAGCAGAAAGGGGUGGCUGUCUCUCCGUGUUGCCUUCAAACAUUAGCUGACGCAGUGAAGUUUCUCAUGAGGACUUGUGAGAAGGAACACAUUUACUGUGAACUGCAGGAGGGAACCAUGCUCGGCGCCGUUAAAUUAGGCAAGGUGCUGCCGUGGGAAAGGGACGCCGACAUCACGUUCCUUUCAGGCAAUUACUCAGCGUUCAAGGAGCUGAGGCCGCAGUUUGAGCAUGAGGGGUACAAGUUUGUGGACCUGGGUCAGCAGUGGUGCUGUGUUGAUAAUAGGACAGCUGGGGGGAAGUUCCAGAUCGGAGUGGAGGGGUGGACGAUCGAGAUGUACGGGCAGCAUCUCAUGGACUCAGAGAUGAUGGUGGCAAGAGGCCAGCAGCCUACCAAGGUACUGUUUGAUGGGAUGUGGGUGAACGUCCCCACCAAUCCAGGACUCUUUGCACGAAACAGAUAUGGCCACGAGAUUUACAAACAUGCCCAGCACUGGAUGACGCUGGGGUACGAGAGCGGCUGGGCCAAGUACGACACCAGCGGAUUCUCCCCCUGCCCACAACCCGGACACCACGGCUGCCUGGACCAGUACUCCACAGAUGGGAACCUACAGUUCGAAGGACGAGAGCUCCUCUAGAGAUGUUACAAGAACUCUUAGCUCAUCUAGUGUCUGAAGUCUAUGUUAGCGAACUCUGGAAUCAUGUCAUUCUGUUCUGUUGUAUGAGAACAUUGUCCUUGCAAAAUAGCUAUUUGACAGGUAUGUGUUUGUCUCGAAAUAUGUUGCCCCCAAGAAGUUAAACUCUCAAUGCUGAGAAUUCUGAAAAAGGAAUUCUAGGUUUCCACACAUUCCACACAGUAAUAUAUUAAGUUUUUUCUGCAUUUGGAAGUUACAUGUUACCUGAUUUUUCAUGCCAUGAUAGAGUCACAGGAACUGUGAUAUUGAUUAUAAAGUUGUUGUUCAUUGGGCUAGAAAGAUUGUGAUUAUACAAAUGUAUAUGAGUGCCAAGUAGAGAUGCGUUGAAAUGUAGAAUGUUUUGAGCUGUUAUGACAUGGUUGUUAAGAAGAGUUGGUUGUUGCAGAUCGAUAGUUGGAUCAAGGACGUUAUCUGAUAUAAGGUCCUUGGUUGGAUGAACAGUUUGGCUAUUUAGAUAUAGUUAUUAUACCAGUAUAUGUUGCUACAAAAAGUGUCAUGCUUUCAAAGAAAGACAUUGUGUUAGCUUCUCAACAGUUUGUCUCAGAGUCUGCUUCAAUCGGAAUCAUUUAAACUUAAUUCACUUGGAACAUACUUUGGAUAAAUUUAACCCCAAAUUCGAAUUCUAACAAGACAACUCAGCAUUCACACUGCAGGGGCCAUACUAUGCAACUGUCGAUCCAUUCAGAAAGAAUUCAGUAUUUUGGCAUCUUUUGCAUUACAACUGUCAUUAAAACACUUCCUUCAUAUGCAUGUUUUAACUAAACACUGACUCUAUUGCUUUAUCAAAAUCUAAAUCAAAGUUGAUACAGUGUUAGUUGUUUGAAGGGCCCAUGAUUUAUCUUACCCAUCAACAUCUUUAUUGAAUCAUCACAAUAUCAGCAAAUAUUUGACAGCAGCAUGUGAGAUACGAAGUUAUGUAUUUAUGACAAAAUGUGAGAUAUGAAGUUAUGUAUUUAUGAAAAAAAGUAUCAGAAUUAUCUUCAAGUUGAUUGCAUCAGAAUAUGAUUCUUGCACUGAAGGUGUCAACAUUGUUUCCAGGUAGAGUGCUGUACAUCAACAUGGAAGGGACCCUGUAGCCAGAGGUACUAGAUUAUCUAUUGGCCUCCAAUUUUGAUGAUGCAUGUACUAUUGUUCAAGCCAUACACAUGUACUUGAGUAGCCUUGUAAAAUGUUCAGAUGAAUUUGGAUUCUUGCACUUAUAUAAAUGAUGAUAUUUUGCAAGGUUUUGUCUAGAUAUACAGAUUAUAAUUCAGGUUCUGUCACUGAUGUUAGUUAGAGUCAUUCUAAUAGAAUUUGGUGUCUUAUUGUUAGCAGUUACUGUUAUGUAAAGAACGGAUUGACAGAGUUGUCAUUAAAACAUGCUAAUUCCAGUUGUUGAUGUUUAGUUACAGUUCACACGUUGUGUUAAACACAGGUUACAAAGCUGUGGUUACUGUAAUCUAGGGAACAGACUUUGAACCACUGUUGGGAAAGUAAAUGAAAAAGACUUCA